AUGUUAGUCUUCCCCAUAAAGGUCAUAAAGGUUGAGGAAGGAAUGACAUUAGACAUAUAUGUCACAUCAGUUAUUCCAAUAGGUGCAAUGUUUGCAAUGACUCUAUGGUUGGGGAACACUGCUUAUCUCUACAUAACGGUCGCAUUUUCCCAAAUGUUGAAGGCCAUUAUGCCUGUUGCUGUGUUUAUACUUGGAGUUUCUGUUGGGCUUGAAAUAAUGAGCUCGAGGAUGCUUUUGAUAAUGUCAGUCAUAAGUUUUGGCGUUUUAAUCGCCUCUUAUGGAGAAUUAAACAUCAUCUGGAUUGGAGUUGUUUACCAAAUGGGUGGUAUUGUUGCAGAAGCUUUGAGGCUAAUAUUAAUGGAAAUUCUUGUUAAGAGGAAAGGAAUCAAAUUAAAUCCCAUCUCUCUUAUGUACUACAUGAGCCCUUGCAGUGCUAUUUGUUUGUUCAUACCGUGGAUAUUUCUUGAAAAACCGAAGAUGGAUGCUAAUAGUAGCACAUGGGACUUUCAUGUUCUUGUGUUGAGUCUUAAUUCGCUAUGUACAUUUGCUCUCAAUUUGUCGGUUUUUCUUGUGAUAUCUCACACAAGUGCUCUCACUAUCCGAGUUGCUGGUGUGGUUAAAGAUUGGAUCGUUGUUUUGGUCUCAGCUCUUCUCUUUGCUGAAACAAAACUUACAAUGAUCAAUCUAUUCGGUUACGCCGUUGCCAUCGUCGGUGUAGCUUCGUAUAACAAGCAUAAGGUGAAGAAACCCAUUGAAGGAGAAGGCAAAACGUUGGCUUCUCAAUCUCCGAUAGCGCCCGGCAAAGAAUCCGGCGAGUCAUCAUAG